AUGUCUGGUCUACCUUAUCUGAGGCAGUUGAGAAAGGGUGCUCUGGUUGACAUCGCAGAAGAGACCGAUUUCGCCAACCCCGAUGAAUUUAACAAGAAUGACUUGGUAGUAGCCCUCGACAGGCAUCUACGCACCAAUCAGUCCAUCUUCAUCGGGUUCGAGAGCCUCACGGACUAUUAUGCCCGUCUCGACACACCGCGCAAAGGACAUUCGCCCGCAAAGCGCAUCGCGCGAACUCCAGGUCGUCCCCCAAAGAGAGAACCUGAACCAGAGCCUGAGCCUGCGCCCAAGGAAGAGUUUAGGUAUGAUCGCCCGACCUCCACACUCCCCGCGGGGGGCCGCGCCGAUCGCGCAACUAACCACCCUCCCAGUGAACCGGAAUACGUGGAGUCUGUCGCAGUCAGCCCAACAGUCGCGACUCCAUCGUUGUCGCGUACAAAUGCGCGCCAGUCGCGUUCAGCUCAACAAACUCCCUAUCAGACUCCCCGCAUCCCAUCCAUUUCCGCAGUGGCUGAUGUAGAGCCACCCUUGCCGGCAUCGCCGGCCGUGGUGACGGAAGCGAUUGAUGCCCAAACAACCAAGCUGUACGAAGGUGUUCAGAGGGUGUGGAAGGCAUCAGGUGUCGUAGACCAUGCUCACGCCCUGCGCGCUAACCUCAGCAACGUUAAGGCUAUUCAGACCAUCGUCCUGUUGGUGGAGGGUGUCAUCUUCCUGACAGCGCGAGUUCCUAUCCGCUACCUGACCGCUAUCCCGGCCAUUAAGUAUUUCAACACCGCUCCUUUCCGUACCAAGGUUCCAGACUUGUUCGCAAUGUUGGAAAGUGACUUCUGGGUGCCGUUUUCUGUGUGGUUCUUCACCUGUUUCGCCUUGCCCUUGGUUGUUUCCUACUUCUUUAACUUGAGCUGGAACGCCUCCAACAGUGGGCGUCGCACCCGCUCAUCACCCACCCUGGCCCAGUUUGACCCGCUGAUCUUCAACAUCGCCAAAGCCCUGUUGGCCCACCUUGUCCUAAACAAAGAGAUCACAGGCGGCCUGGUCUCCCAAUACACUCUCCGGGCAGUCAGGACCAGUGUGCCUGGCGGUGAGCGUGGUGUACUGACGGGUACCGCCAUUGGUGCCAUCGGCGCCAUCUACGAGGCAAUUCUGACUCGCGCGUAA